CCAGGCACCACAGCGGCUGUAGCCUGCAGGCAGUGGUAGCCAUAGCAACGUGGGCCCCACACAGCCAGUAAGAGUGGAGGCCAGGCCGGGCCAGGCCCGCUGGGCAUGCCAUUUCGGGAGCAUGUGUACUACCCACUGGAUGCAGCCAUGGCCGCCCCAGCCCCAGCGGUGCCGACCUUCGGGUUUCGGGCACGGCAGGGCAGCCCAGACUGGCGGCGCCUAAGUGCAGUGGACGUGGAGCGGGUGGAGCGUGAGCGGGAUGUGGCACUGUUGCAGGAGCACCUGGCGCACAUCACCUUCUGCAGCGCGGAGCGGGAGCGCUGCCCACACUGCCAUGGCCCUACUGACCCGCUGCUGCUCAAGCUGCUGCGGCUGGUGCAGCUGGCCACGGAGUACCUACUGCACUGCCAGGAUGGUCUGGCCGCUCAGCUCCACACCCUCGAGCAAGCUCUGGAGGCAGCCCGGGCGGAGCGUGACCAGCUGGGUGAGGAGGCGGCACGGCAUGGGCGGGAGGCGCAGCGGCUGCAGGAGGAGUGCCGGCGGCGCAAAAGGAUGAUCAGUGCCCUGCAGAGGAUGCUGGAGGCUGGAGCCAGCUGCCACCAGUGCCGAUUUUGUGAGAAGGCUUUUAUGAACUAUUCCUUUCUACAAAGUCAUAUGCAGCGGCGCCAUCCAGAGGAAUCUCACACUGCAGAGCAAAAGAAGAAAGCACAGACAGAUAAAUUACAGGAUGAGAUCAAUAAGUUGAAGGAGCAGUUACAGCUCACCAAGUCUGAGCUAGAGGCCGAGCAACAUGCUAAUAUGGUCAGAUUUUCUAAGGAAUGCGAACAACAAAAAUCAAAAGAAGAAGAAAUACUGCAAGCAUUUUAUAAAUGGAAAGAGGAAGAAAAAGAAAAAUUGGCUAAUGAAAUAGAAAAAGUGAAAAAGAUGUUUAUGCAGGAGUUCAAAGAACUAGCUUCAAGAAAUACAAGCUUAGAACACCAGCUCUUAGAGUUACAGCAGUCUGAUAUGCAGCUGAAAUCCAAUCUAGGCACUUUAAAAGACAGCCAAGAAUUUACAGAAGAGAAAUCUCAGAAUACUCAGGAUUAUCAAAAUAUGAUGCGACUUCUUGAAAAACAGGAGAGUAAAUGGACUUCUAGAGUACAAACUCUUCAUCAGGAGCAUGAAAAAGAAAAGGGCCAGCUUCUGUUGCAGCUUGAGAAGCUUAAAUCAUCAAUGACAGAGGAUCUGAAUAAAAGCAAUACCUUUUAUAAGAAGAGGAUAGAGGAGCUAGGGCAGAGGCUUCAGGAACAGAAUGAGCUAAUUCUUACUCAGAAAAAGCAGAUAAGGGAAUUAUCCACAAAAUCAGUAGCAAACAUCAAACCAUAUGAUGUGAACAGUCUGGCACAUCAAGUAGUAGAACCUAAAUCGAGUCUACCAGGUAUGCAUGAGCAGACAGUCUUGAUACAUAUGCUGGAGCCCAUAGAGGAGCUUUCAGAGGAGGAAAAAGAAAUAGAGAAAGGAGAUCACAAAGUAGGCAGAAGUAAUCAACAUUUAAUAAGCGCUUUGAAGACGCAUCCUUCAUUAACUAAAGAAUUACGAGCUGUUUUGGAGCAGGCCCUGGAGGAAAAGUUGGAAUCCUUGGGAAUUAAAAUGGGUGUUCGUGGUAUCCCAAGUGACCAUUUAAAUAGAAUUUUACUUGCUAUUGAAUCUGCUAGAGAAGAGAAAGAGAAACAGAUGCCUGACAUGCAACUAAUCCGGGAAAACCUUGAACGUCAGAUCAGCUUCAGAAUUGAAGAGAGAUCAUCAUCAUCUUGUAGUAGACUUGUUUCCAUUCCCCAUCGUUCUUCAGAAGAUAAACAGAGGUUGAUUCAGUUAGGAACUACCUUAUCAACAUCAUUAGAAAAACCUGUAAAAUGGACUUCUAAAACUGUACACCCAGCUGGACAAAAAAUGUCUGUUGCUGAAAACACAUCUACACCAAAACCCAGGAAGCAUGUUCUUAGAGAUGGAGUUUCCAGAAGAACAUCUAGUAUUGCAACACCUCCAUUCAGUUCAGAGGAUGAAGUGGAUGAUGAUGAUAUUAAGCAGUCUUACAUAUCCCCGGAACUUUUACAGACAAAACCAUCCAGCAGCAGUGUAAAUAAUUGUGGCAUGACCACAAACAAAAGUGCUAUAGACUGGACAGAAGACAGUGAAAAGGAGGAGGAGGAGAUUGAAACUCCUUUUAAACCCUCCAAAGGUGCAAUUAUCCAAAAACUGACUGAACAAGUUGAAAAGACUCUUUCUAACCAUGGAAAUAAAAAUAAACCACCUGGAGGGCUUAAUGUUGCAGAAGCAUUUGUUAAAAAAGAUGACAUACAAGAACUGAAGUUCACAGAAGUGGAUGAUGAUGACUGGGAUAUAUCCUCUGUGGAAGAAGAAAGUUUAUUGGCAAAAGAUGAAAGAGGUCAGAAGGGAACUGCAAUUCAAAAAAAUAAUGGACCCAGUACUAUAUCAAUGGUUCAGGCCUGGGGUGCUCCUAAGGCAAAUAUGACAAAGGAGGAAGGACUUCAUGAUGCUGAUACAACAAGCACAUUAAAAAGCAGCUUAGUCACUGUAACCGACUGGAGCAAUUCUUCAGAUCUGUAACUAUUGCAUUCUAAAUGGGAGGAGAUUCUGUUACUGAUUCGAUUCAGGUUAAAUGUCUUGUCUUAAGCAGGACUGUCCAACUUCUAAGCAGUCGCAGGCCACACUGAUUGGGGUCACCUGACCCAGGGACCGCACUAGUGUGAGCCACAGGCCCCUGGGUAGCACCUCCCACCUGCUGCUGAACCUCUCCCCCACAUAGACACCAAUGAACCACACAGGCAGGCAGCUCCCUCAGCUCCCUUGCUGCAUUGCACCAGAGCACUCCCAGCACUUGGGGCUGUACCGCCCCACCUUGCCCUAUGGGGCAGGAACCAAAAGCUGACAUAUGGAGGGGGAAUAGCAGCAGCAACCAGGGUAAUAGGGGAAGUGCUGGCUGGGUCUAGGGGCCACAAUCAAUCCCUUGCAGUUGGACAGUCCUGGUCUAAAGGAUUCUGACUCCUGGGUUUUCUUUGUAUUGUACAUUAACAGCCAGGAGGAUUUGUUUACAAGAAUCUGAUGGUGUUUAACCUUGAAUUGUAUGGAAGGAUGUUUAAAUAUAUGUGACUGGUCCUCACAGUUUAGAAACUUGGGAGAAAUUCUUGGCCCUGUUGACUCCCGUGCAGAAUUUCCUGGGCCAAGUGUUCACUUCUAAUGUUUGCUUUUAAGACCAGCUGUUAAAGAGCCCAGAAGUAUUAGCCAAUAGGCAGAGUUUAUUGCAGUGUUACUAGUUCAGUAUUUUAAAGCAUUUCUAAAAUGUAUUUUUUGUAUUUUGUCCCAAGCUUUAUAUUAAAAUGUAAGUAUUUUAAAUAAAGUAUUUCUUAAAAUUAAAAUGUUAACAUUUUCCAACAUGGUUUCCAGUGAGCAUCAAAAGCUGAAAAAUGACAUAGUUUACAGAGUUGUUUCUAGAGUAUGCCUUAAAACUCAGUAUUGGGAAGGUGUUUCUGCUUUAGUUGUUAGAAUAGGUUUUUAAUGUGUAUUCACAGUAAAACAAAAUUUGCAAAAAUAUAACAGGACAACUCAAACUAGAGCAAGAAUGGUGUGUGCGGCAUGGAACACUUUUUUGUUUUUGUAUUGUAUUCAGUAAAUAUUUGCUCUUGCAGUUGUACUAAUUUACUGUUAUUAGCUGCCUUCAUUUAAUAAAGACUUAACUGUUUAUAACUUAAAUAGAUAAAAGCACUAAAUUAAAAGAAAAACUUUUGUGAUCAU